CGUUAUCAUCAUCAUCAUCAUCAUCUUUUCAGAGCUUAUAUUAUUACGUUUCACUCUCCAAUCUUCAUACAUGUAUACACAUGUAGAUUGAUGUUUAUCUAUCAGAUGAAAUGAGAUUACUUCUGCACAACUGGAGCAGUGAUUUUGAACGCAAUGGUGCGUUGUUAUCUCAUUCUUUGCGUCUUUCUGCUUCUUCUCGCCUCACCACUUCCUUCGGAAGCCAACCGGAAAGUUUUAGAAACCCUCGCCGACGCCGUUGAAUUGGCGGUGGAUCAGGUGCUUAUUGGUUGCAGCAAAGAGAAUAUAACCAAGGAAGAAGACACACAUUGUGAAUCCUGCCUUAGUAGUAAGAUACUAUUAGUAAAGAAAAGAAAGCCAAAGGAGUCUAUACUUGAUCUUCCUCCACAAGCGAAACGAACUCUUCUUGAUUGCUUGAGGAAACAUCAUUCACUUCAUUCUCGGACUUGGUUCUCUAAAUUCAGGCCAAUUGUUUCCAAAACCUACAUAGUUUGUAACACACAUGCAUCCAAGCUAUUUAGAGCUCGACGACUUGGUGACUCAAAAUCUGCACCAAAUCCAACUGAGAGUGACGGUCAUCAUGCCCGUGCUCCUGCUCAUCAACCACGUCGUAAGAAAAGGGAUAGCCAGAAGCAUGUUGCCAUUGUAUCGACUAUAACUGCAGUUGCUGUAAUUAUCCUUUCUCCUAUCGUUUACCUAUGCUGUCUCAGGGGGGAUAGUAGCAAAGCUAACACCAGGAACAGACAAAGAGAUAGGCAAUCUCGUCUGAAUGCUUGUUCAUACGAAAUAUCUGCUGGUAUUUUGUUAAAAGAAAACAAAAACAAUUCAAUCUCUGUUCAUUAUGUCUCCCUCUGA